AUGACCGACGCAAAGGAUAUUGGCAUUUUCCCAGCCUCUGGCGGGCUUGGAGAGAGCACAAUCCAACACUUGCUAAAAUUCAUCCCCGCAGCCAGUCUUACUCUGCUCGCUCGUAAUCCAGAGAAACGUGCUGCUGAAAGCCGACAAGGAGCUGUGGUCCGGCGCGCAGACUAUGACGAUGCAGCGUCUCUGGAGCGCGUAUUUGAAGGCAUCAGCGUCUUAUUUCUGAUUUCCUACGCUUCCUGUGAGCAUGAGCAUCGCUCCAGGGCACACCGCAUGGCAAUCGAUGCUGCCAUUCGCAGCGGCGUCAAGCACAUCUUCUACUCCUCCCUCGCGUUCGGGGGAAACCUGAGCAAAGAAACUGCAGCGCUGGUGAUGCGCGCACAUAUAGAUACCGAAGUCUACCUGGAAGAACUCGCACGAGCCCAUCAGUCGAGCUUUACAUAUACAGUCAUCCGCGAGGGCCUUUACUCCGAGUCCUUCCCAAUCUAUACAGCAUUCUUUGAUCCUAGAAACCCCGUCACCGAAAUCAAAAUCCCGCAUGAUGGAUCUGCUCCCGGCGUGGCGUGGGUGAAGCGCGACGAGCUUGGGGAGGCCACUGCAAAACUAAUCGCUGCUUAUGCUCAGAAUCCGCUGGGGUUUCCGUAUUCCAACCAAAUUCUUCUACUAACCGGCUCGAGAGUGUUGACUCUUGCGGAAACAGUGGCUGUCGUGAGCCAGAUCAUUGGGAGAAACGAUAUUAGAAUCAAGAAGGUUUCUGUGGAAGAAUAUGCUGCCCAACCGCAGAACGCGCCAAUGUUGACAUAUCACGGAGUUGAUCUGAGUAAAGAGUGGGCAACAGCCUGGAAGGCUAUUGCUAAUGGAGAGUGCAACGUUGUCACGCCAUUGCUCGGAGAGACUUUGGGGCGAGAGCCGGAGGAUUUUGAAACGACUAUUAGGAGACAAGUCGAGGGUCAAAAAUGGCACGAAUUGCAGUUGCAACGAAGGGCGUCUUGA